AUCGUCUCGCCAAACGAGUCGGAAAUUCGAAUGAAAUUUUUCCAAUGUCUAUUUUUCAAACUUGAGGGAUGAAAAACUCAUCGUUGAAUAUUUGGGACUGUUUGGAACUCGUUAAUGUCACCCAAAAAUUUUUACGCAAUCGCACGCUAAUCAGUGAUCGACUGGCAAAAUUUACGUCAAGUUUCGCAUUUUUUACGAACACGUGUGUGACAGUGUAGGCGGCGAUCAGCUGUGCGGCGACAACGGCAGGAUUGUAUCUUUGUUGACAAGUUUAGACACUCGUUCGAAAAAUUUCCCACGUCAAUCCGAGGCACAUGGAGCAAUUAUGUUCUCAACGGUGAAAUCGAUCGCGAGGCUCGCGACCAACAAAUUGCAUUUACCAAGUGCUGCGAGAUGUCUGUCGUCGAAGGCGGCGUCGCGACAGCACCCGUCGCACCAGGAUACGGCGCAGCAAACCUACGGCCAGCCGGUGCCGCGAACGCAUCCGCAUCUGUUGAAGAGCGACGAGCUCGUGACGGGCAUCAAGCUCGAUGAGUUUCAGCGGAGACGCAGCAGGUUCAUGGAGAAAAUUGCCAAAACCGGAUACGAGACCCCGCUCGAGGCCAAUCCACACAUUGUCAUCAUACCUGCCGCGUCCAAAGUAUACAUGUCGGAUCACAUACCCUAUGUAUUCAGACAAAACACCGACUUUUUCUACUUCACUGGCUGCCAGGAGCCAGAUUCUAUACUGGUGAUGACUGUGAAGGGUGACAAGCGCUCUGCGAUAUUGUUCAUGCGUUACAAAGAUUCUCACGCUGAACUCUGGGAUGGACCCAGGACCGGCGUGGACGAGGCUCAAUCGAUGUUUGGCGUUGAGGAGACUCUGCCCAUUGGAGACUUUGAACAUUUUGUACUUUCAUACAUGACGGAACAUAAGAAAGCCAUUAUUUGGUAUGAUAAAGAAGAAGUUAUUCAAACAAAAAUACACAACAAGUUGAAUGAAAUUGUCAAACUGUCACACAGACAAUCAUUCAAUUGUCCUAAGACCCUUGUGCAUCAACUAAGGCUCAUCAAAUCACCUUCAGAAAUUGAACUUAUGAAGAAAACCUGUGAAAUUGCAUCCAAAGCAAUAGCUAAAACAAUGGAAAUAUCAGUCCCAGGUAUGAGCGAACAUGAAUUAUAUGCUACAGUGGACUAUGAAUGCAGAAUGAAAGGAGCAGAAUAUUUGGCAUAUCCUCCUGUUGUAGCUGGCGGUAAAAAUGCCACAAUAAUUCACUAUAUUUCAAAUAACCAAAUAGUUCAAGACAAAGAAAUGAUUUUAAUGGAUGCAGGUUGCGAAUAUCGUGGAUACACAUCUGACAUAACGCGUACAUGGCCUAUUAAUGGCACUUUUACGCGUGAACAACGAAUAUUAUAUGAAAUAGUUCUAGAUGUACAAAAAAUUUUGAUUGACAAGCUGAAAGAUAUGCCUAGUCUUGACAUGAUUUACAAUGAGAUGUGCCACUUACUCGGCGUUAGGCUACAAGAAGAAUUAUUGAUACCAAAGGAUCUCAAUGGCUCUAAGCUACUCGCAGCAGCUUACGCUUACUGUCCACAUCACGUCAGUCAUUACCUUGGUAUGGACGUACACGACACAUCGAAAAUAUCAAGAAGUAUUCGACUUCAACCUGGUAUGGUUGUGACAGUUGAACCAGGUAUCUACGUGGAUCCGAAAAAUUCAAUGGCACCGCGAGAAUUUCACAAUCUCGGCAUCAGAAUAGAGGACGACGUUCUGGUUCAAGAAAAUGCCCCACUAAUAUUAACGGCCAGCUGUCCCAAGGAGGUGGCGGAGAUAGAAACCUUGGCGAAAAUGAACCAAUCGAAAUAAUCGUCGCGUCGAUGGUUAUCGACUGUACAUACCUUGUACAUAGGGUAGAUGUUGGAUCUUUAUCUGUGUUCACAUGUGAAUUUUAAACAAAAUGAGCCUUGUUAUUAUUUUUUUUUUCUUAGACAUUAAAGAAAGAUUUUUAUUCAUAAAUUGGCGAUUCUGCGUGAAAGUAAUUAUUACAAAUUUGCAACCAGUACAAUAUCACCAGUAUGAAGAGCAGCAGCGCGUAAGCGCAGAGC